UCAAAAAUAGUGAACAGAAUAUAACGGUUUAUAACUAGCAAGCGGAACUAAAAAGAACAGACAAAAAUGAAACUAGCAGCAAAUAAUUUAUAGGAGUCCUAAAUGAAAUUGAAAUCAGUUAUUUCAUUAGACUCUUUAACAAACACUUUCAUUUUAUCUUUUGCAAAAACAAAACCCAUAAAAACAUAUUUUUGCUUAAUUGUAUUAGCAAAUUUAAUUGAAUGGGCUUAGGCCCACGAGCUUUCUUUUCGUGAACUUCCUAAUUGGUUUUUAAUCAAAUGUCCCACUUGGCGUUGGUAUAAAACUGCCAAUCGAGAUGACCGAAAGUCAAUAGAUCCAAGAUGAACGGCUCAAGCAACAAACUCAUCGGCUGUCAGAUUAAAAUCGCCUUAAUCGUUGGCCUGUUGGUCUCCUUGGCUUUGGCACUUCCUGUCGACGACGAAAAGAAGACACUUCCAGCCAAGGAUGAAGCUGUGAACAUUGAAGCUGCCCCGGUGGUUGAGGUUUCAGAAGACCUAGGACUACUGCGAUUCCCCCCGUUCAAUAAUAAUGGAACUGGAUUUUUUGAAAGAUUCGGUGAAAAGUUCAGAAACAAGUGGACUACAACUACGACAACUACAACCAAACCAACAAAAACUCCACCAAAAAACUAAGAAGCCCCAAAGGCAACAACUAUAAUCAUCCAAAUGAUUGCCGUCGACAUCACAUAAAUAUUUAUU